AUGGCGAAGGCCAGGGACUACUACCCCCUGCUCAACGGGGUCCCCUCGUCGGCCGAGGUGGAUGGCGGCGAACCGCGCACGGUGACGGUCCGGGUGACCGCCAAGCCCGUGGCAGCUGAGAGGAAGUGGGACAUGAGCUGCGCAAACUGCUUCGGGAAUUGCGACGGCGUGGGCUGGGGCGUCUGCUGCCUCACCACCUGGUGCUUCCCCUGCAUGUUCGGGUUUUUGAAGUACCGCGCUUUCGGCGACUUGAAGAGGGCGUUCGCAUGGGCACUCCUCUUCAUCGUCCUGGCGGCCGUCCCACGCGUGUACAGUCAUAUCUUCUUCGAGGAAGACCACGACGACGACAGCGAAUACAGCGAACACAGCGAAGUGAUCGUGAGGAACGGAGUAACGGUGAUCGAGAAACGCGAGGAAUUCAAGGAAGACAGCGAUUACAGUCUUGUCAAACCCGAAUUCUCCGACGAUGCGAAGACGAUCAUCAUAUUGUACUUUGUCAUGGUCGCCGUGUGCUGGAUCAUCAUGACCAUCUCCGGCAUCUACAACCGCAUGCAGAUGCGCAAGAAGUUCGGCAUCACCGCCUCAGGCAUGUGCUGCGAGUGCGCUCCCGACGUGGAGGACAGCUGCCUGUGGAUCUUCUGCCACGGGUGCGCCACAUGCCAGGAGGCGCGCACGCUGAUCACCAACCGCGUGGAGAACGGCGAGUGGCAGGGGCCGCUGGGCACUGUGACGGUCCAGACCGCGGCCACCGGCGUUCCCGCGUCGGGCGUGACCGCCGUGCCCAUGACGCACGCCGUGGCACCCCUUCAUCAGGACUUCGACGUCUCUGCCAAGGUCUGA